CACAGCAUAUUCGCCGGUCUCCUAAUGAUCAUAUCAGCAGCUGCAUUCACGGCAGCAUUCAUUGGAAUGGUAUUCGCACUGGUCAAAGUACACCGCUUUUAUCGUGGAGCCGGUUUCAGCUUGGAUAAAGCCCGUAAAGAAUUCUCAGACGGCGUCAUGGCCGAUCGCAAUGUUCAGCAGGCGGCAUCCGGAGCAGCACGAGCAGCAGCAUCAGCAGCGGCUACACAUGCGAUGAACCAGGCAACGCAAGGUGGACGCUACUGA